AUGACUUGGGGCCCGGCCCGCCAGCCCGGCAUAUUCUGGGACCCUAGGGAACGCCCACCCCCGCAUCACCCCCAUGCAGAGUUUCUCAGUUCUGAUCCAUGGCGUCAGCAAGAAUGGAGCCCACAGCGGCCCCGAAUUGAACCCGAGAGCCCCUGGUACCAGGUGGACGAGACUAUUGGGGUCUCUCUCGAAAAUGCGCCCGCCCCGAGCGACGGAUUCCUGCCGCCCGUCUCUGUCUCGGUGAACGCGAGCAUCACCCACGACACGGCCAAGGUCACAGUCACUCAAGAGUUCAUGAACAGUACUCACAGCCUCAUCCCAAAGGCCAGAUACACGUUUCCAUUGCCGCCUGGUAGUAGCGUUGUCGACUUUUCUUGCCGCAUUGGCAGGGAUAGACUUCUGAGAGGAAAGGUAAAACCCAAAGCUGCGGCGAGAGAGACCUUUCAAGAGGCUGUUAGGCAAAACCAGGCAGCGGGGCUACUGGACCAGAAUUCUCCAGAACUCUUCACGACGACGCUCGGGAAUCUUCCCGCCGAUAUCCCAAUCAAGGCUACGCUGUCGUUCAUUGUGCUUCUCAAACACAGUCUCAAACGAGACAGCAGUGGGACCCAUAUGACUUUUGUACUUCCAACGUACAUUGCUCCUCGGUACGGGACGGCCCCUAGUGUGAUCGACCACUUGUUAAACCGAAGCGCGAGUCUAGCUACCCUGUCGUUCUCUGUAGACAUCUUGGCUGCGAGUGGUAUUCUCGCACUGACGUGUCCUUCGCAUACGAGCUCUGAUAUCCAGAUUGGCGUCGCAAGACACCGGCGCUGGAACGAUUUCGUCGCCAAUCGCGUAACGCCAGACUUCAGGUACGCCACCGUGAGGCUUCCAGACGAUACAACCUGCCUAGAUCGCGAUUUUACAUUGGAUAUCUGCAUAACAUCUGCGGAGGUUCCAGAGAGGCCAUUUGCAUGCCUAGAGAAGCACCCAGAGUUUCCCGGCCAGUCAGCUCUGAUGCUGACAAUUCCGCCAAAAUAUCUACUUGGGCCCUCCGGAGAGUAUCCCGGCGGCGAGAUUGUCUUCGUAGCAGACAGGUCCGGGUCCAUGCGGGACAAAAUCGACGCUCUCAAAAAGGCGAUGGAGUUCUUCCUCGCAGCACUCCCGCCCGGCUCCAGUUUCAACAUCUGCAGUUUUGGGACUUACUUUACGCGACUCUGGUCGCAUUCCCAGCCUUAUAACGCGGCCAACUGCCAAGCUGCCGAAGCACAUGUCAUGACUCAAUUUCGAGCCGAUAUGGGCGAGACGAAGAUUCUCGGCGCGCUGAAGCAGGUGGUGGCGAGCCGAGGUGGCUUUGGGAACACUGAUGUGAUUGUCCUUACGGAUGGCCAGAUCUGGGACCUGCAGGAGACUAUCGAGUUUGUAAAGCAGACUAGGAAGGACACCGCUGGCCAAGUCCGGUUCUUUUCACUUGGCAUAGGAAAUGCCGUCUCGCACGAGUUGGUGGAAGGCAUCGCCAAGGCUGGUGGAGGAUACGCCGAGGUGAUCCAGACGGCGAGUCGGGGUGGCUGGGAAGGUAGAAUGCUGGCUAUUCUUGAGGCGGCAAAGGAACCCCAUGCUUUUCCAAGGUGGAUUGGGAUUAACUGGGUUGACGAAAAUGAUGAAGCGCAUAUGCUUGAUGACACGAGCAACGAGACUUUCCAGUCACCUCUUGACAUAUCCAUGCUCAGUCCCUUCAUGAGAAACCGGGUCCUUGUACUACUCAACCACCACCGUGAAUCUGCCGUCCCUCGAGCGGUAUGGAUCAACUGCAGCCGACCCGGAAUGGACGAAGAAUCCGUAGAAGUUCCCGUUACCGUUGCCGAAACGCCAGAUACCAUCAUCCAUAAAUUUGCGGCGCGAGCUCUCCUAGGUGAUCUAGAGCGUGGCGAGAGUUACAUCCACACAAGGCCUAACGCGCCAGGUAGAGACUCCGCCGAGGAAAGGGAGCUGGUAAGGCGUGAGGGAGAGAAGCUCGGCUGCAAGUGGUCGCUGGUGUCGAAGUGGACUAGCUUCGUUGCGGUAGAGGAAGCCGUGGAUGAGGAUCCGAUAGACGAAGACUCGCUCAUGGAUGGAGAUCCAGUGGGAGGACGUGGCGCCAUUGGAGAAGGCAGGAGAUUGAAUCUUCUGCGUCCGAGAGGAGACCGGAAUGUCACCCGGCGAAUAGAGGGGCAUGCUGAACAGAUUGAGUCCGAUGACGAGACCAGAGACGCAUCUGGUGACGAACCUGAUACAGGCUCUGAUCGAAAUGGGCGCCACCGAGGAGAUGACAGUAACGACUCGGACGACGACCAAGGGGGAGGCCCAUGUCACGGAAAUGCUGGCAAGAGGGAUGCUGGUCCUGAGUCGCGAGGUGACCAUGACGGAUCAUACCGAGAGAAGAGGUCACAUUCUCGCUCGGAGCCUGAGGUGGGCAGUCAACAGGGGUCAUCACAGAGCAUGGGUGGAAGAAACCUUGGAGGUGCCGUCGCACACGGAGCGAGCAUUAUCGGUCCCGCAACGACAACAAAUUUUGGAAACCCUGUGCGGCAUCGCGCUCUAGGCGUCGACGACAUCUUCUUCGAUACGAAAAUAUCAUUCCUCAGCUCCGCCAAGCUCCGAAGCAAGCCCAAGCCGUCAACCUUUGAGCAAUUUUCGAAUGACCAAAAGUCUUUCUCGGACAAGAGGAUUCCCAUAAACAGCUUGUCUCCCGUACACGAUCCGUUCGACACAUUCGGCAUGGACGACGUGGAUGAGACGGGCAAAAAAACUUCCACAGACAAAGAGUUUUCUAAGCGCAAGAAGCUCAAGCGUUUCUCGUACGACGCGAACGACGCGAGGGGAACUGGCCGUACGGAAACGCUAAGAGAGUCACUCAAAAGAUCUGCCGUCAACACGGAGCUCAGCACCGCCUCGGCGAUCACGGCCCCAAGGAACAACCUUCCGGCUGCAUCUGCCAUUCACUUCGCAGACCCCGUAAUCAACACGGAUCUGAUUGAGCGAGGGAAGCGCGAACUUAUCAGACUCCUCCUGCCAUUGCAAGAUCUCCUCUCCGGCAAGUUCUACAAAGAAACCCCAUGGAGAAGGGAGGUGACGAUGGAGAGCGUUCUGGGCAAAGCCUGCGAGUCUUUUGCUCUUGCCUCAAUGUUGGAGUACCGCAAAAUAAUCCCUGGAUUCCCUUCGAAGAAUCCCGGGACUCAGGAUGCAAUCUCGAGAACAGUGAACCAGCUCCUCCUCAACGGCGACACGGACCCCGGGGUCAAGGCCACCGUGCCGCAUUGUAACGCCAAUUUGUGGGCCGAGUCUAUCCCGGCCGCACCAGCACAUGUCCUCAACCCCACAACACCUCUACGAAAGGGAACAACGAGCCAACCGCUUCCCCAUGAUGGCAUGGCAGCGGAACUCGCGAGUGCUGAGGAAGAUCUCGUCGCCGCGGCCGCGCAGCAUUUCUCAUCCAACUGCGGUGCUUCGGUCUUGGGGUUUCAGUUCCCGCCUGACUCCUCCCUCCUAUGGGUGAAAUACUCGCUAGAUGGGGAUAAUAUGAGAGCUCAAGCCAGGACGCAGGCGUUUGCCUUCCACCAGCUAGCCCGGGAGGGCAUAGGCCGGGACAAGAGGGUUCGAGUUCCGGAAAUCUACCAGGUCUUCGAAAGCGAAAUAGCCGAGGCCGGCCACCCUCAUCGCUACGUGUUCAUAGUUAUGGAGUACAUCCCCGGUAUCUCCGUCAGGGAUGCUCUCUAUGAGCACGGGGAACACCAUUCCAGACUAUAUAAGGUCGCCGAUGCGCUGGCAGCCCUUGUUGACCUGCCCCCUCCACCGGACGCUCGGCCGGGCCCGGUUGGGGGAGGCCUAAUAAGGAAUUUUACCUUUGCUAAAGAGUACGAAGAACAUGAAUCCGACGCACCGCGAGAAUUCCUAGACCUUAAAGACCUCGAGGACUACGUCAAUAAGGCAAACGUUGUUGUAAAUUCCGGCCUUGUUGCAGAUUUUAUGUCCGAGGGCCUCUCUCUAUGCUACUGCGACCCAAACCUUCAAAACUUCCUCAUCUUACCUGGCAGCGCGUAUGCGGACGACAUCUACGUCAUCGACUUUGAGCACACUAGCUGGCUGCCGCGCUGCUUCCUCUCCUUUGAGCUCCAGAAGCAGGCAUUGUUCGACUUGGACGAGCGCCUCGAUCUAAAGGCCGAGAGAUUGAACGAUUGCCUUGUCGAGGAAUCGAGCAUCGAGAUUCUCGUGAGAGAGAAACGGCACCGAGAGCUAACUCGGAGGAGGAGAGAUCGACAAAACAGCCUAGCAGGGGUGGAAAUAGCGCCGGAGCUUACCAAAGUGAAGGUGGAUAUCCAAGCAAGCCGCAUUGGUAGCAUUGAUGCGGGUGGCCGACGCCCGACACACAAAGAAGUCAAAUCAUUGGUUUUCGGCGGCAAGGAUUUCGGCGGACUACUUUUCGAGCAGAUGGACAUAACCAAGCCGUUGUGA